CCCAAGCAACUCUCUCCUUUCACCAUCUUCUUCUUCUUCUCUUUCUGGCGAUGAAUUGCUAACAAAUCCCAAACAUUGUUGCUUUUGGUGAUAUUGAAAAACGAACUGCACAAGCCCACGUCUUCCCGGCGGUAGGGGGUUCGGUCGCCACCGCCCGCUCCUCCUAUGGACAGCCCCUGUUUGCAAGCAGUGAUUCACGGAGUUGCGCCUCCUAUAGGGAGUUUCGAUGUCCGCGCGAGCAAUCCUUCACAGGUCAAUGCCUCCGCCGGGAUUCCGGCUGAGAACCCGUCGCUGUGGAUCUCGCACAGGAAUUCCCAUCGGCGGCGCUCUUACAAUUUCCGUCCUUGUGUAUUACUGCCCGCCAGAAGAGGGGGACCGUGUUAUAAUAAAACGGCCAUGGCUGGCGACGACGCCGUUUCGACGAAGGAGGAAUUGGACGAGAAGAAAUUCGGCGAGAAUCGGUUGGACGAGGAGGGAGAGAACGGUAAUUGGGUGAUGAAGAUCCUCCGCGUUCGGUCUCUCGGCCGGAAAAAUUGCCGGACUGGAGAUUCCGAUUCUCCAAAAAUGGAUGGUCAAUUGAGCGAUGAGAACCAGAAUCGCGAUGAAGAUGAUUGCGAUCCAUGUGCCGUUGAUGAUGACGAUAACGAGGAAGAUGAAUUUGACCGGAAUUCCUUCUCCAAAUUGCUAUGGCGUGUAUCCUUGAAAGAAGCUAGGUUUUAUGACCAGAUGUCUUAUUUGGGAACUUUAGCUUAUUCCAUCCCCCAAAUCAAGCCACGGAAUCUUUUAGGAUACCACAAACUGCGAUUUGUAACUUCAUCUCUGGAGAAGAAAGAGCAGGCAUUGAAAGCUGAGCGAGAAACACGGCUGGCUGAAGAGCGGAUGAAGAAAGAGAACGAGGUUGCUAGCGUUAAGGAAGCAGAGGUCGACGAGAAAGAAGAUGAAGAAGAGAGGAACCAGAUUAGUGGAAAUGGUAUUAGUGCAUCUGCUGCUUACAGGAUUGCUGCUGCUGCAGCUUCAUAUUUGCAGCAUCACACAAAGAACAUUUUACCCUUUAAGAAUAAUGGGGUGUCAUGUAAUGGGGAUACGCCGAGAAAAGCACUUGAAGGUGAUGGGAAUGAGGAGGAAGUUGCUUCACUAAUGGCCACCACCGACUCGGUUACAUCAGUGGUUGCCGCAAGGGAGGAGGUAAAGCAGGCUGUCGCUGAUGAUCUGAGCUCAACACGGUUGUCUCCAUGUGAAUGGUUUGUUUGUGAUGAUGAUAAGAGUGGUACAAGAUUCUUUGUCAUCCAGGGAUCUGAGUCACUGGCAUCUUGGCAAGCCAAUCUUCUGUUCGAACCGACACAGUUUGAGGGUAUGGAUAUUGUUGUGCAUAGAGGUAUAUAUGAGGCUGCAAAAGGAAUGUAUGCGCAAAUGUUGCCCGAAGUGAGAGCACACCUCAAAUCCUAUGGUGCCCGUGCCUCAUUCCGUUUCACCGGGCACUCUCUUGGAGGCAGUCUAUCUUUACUUAUAAAUCUCAUGCUCCUAAUGCGAGGAGAUGCUCCCCGUUCUUCUUUGCUCCCCAUUAUAACUUUUGGUUCGCCAAAUAUUAUGUGUGGAGGGGACCGCCUCCUCCAGAAGCUCGGAUUGCCUCAAAGUCACGUCCAGUCAAUCAUGAUGCACCGAGACAUUGUGCCCCGAGCCUUUUCUUGCACUUACCCCAAUCGUGUUGCAGAGUUUCUUAAAGCCGUGAAUGGAAGCUUCCGGAACCAUCCAUGUCUAAACGACCAAAAGCUGUUAUAUGCUUCCAUGGGGGAGCUCUUGAUUCUGCAGCCAGAUGAUAACUUCUCUCCAAGCCAUCCCCUACUUCCUUUAGGACCUGGACUGUAUUUAUUAAGUUGCCCUUUCAAUGGAGAGGCUGAGAAGCAAAUCCAAGCUGCAAAGACCGCGUUCCUCAACUCCCCACACCCACUAGAGAUACUGAGUGACCGUUCAGCAUAUGGGUCCGGGGGGACCGUACAGAGAGACCACGACAUGCAUUCGUACCGGAAAUCCAUCCGGACCGUUAUCCGGGAAGAGCUCAGACGCAUUAGAAGGGCAAGGCGAAAUCUCAGGCGCAAAGUAUGGUGGCCAGCCGGGAUUUUUCAUGGAGGCAUUGUACUCGGAAAGCUGGUGGGGCCCGCUCAAUACGCCAUAGGGGGAAUCUUCCACGGGGGGAAAGAGUCUAUGAAGCGGCUGACAUUAGUGGCAUCCCGGCGGAUGAAUGUGCUUCUGGUGUUUCUGAUCCCUGCACCGCUGCUGUUAUUAAGGGCACUCAGGCAUAUUGCUGCCAUCUAGAAAGAAUAUGGUAAGGCCAUUCUUUAUUCAUUUGAUUGCUGGAGAAUCAUAGUUAGCUCAGUUAGGACACACCUUGAGGGCUUUACACAUAUAAUCAUCAUAGAUACAAGAAUUAUAUGAAAAUUGGAGGACAAGAAAGCAAAAAAAAAAAAAACAACUUUGUGUAUCUGUAUAAGUAGAUGCAAAACCUGUGUGUUAAGAUUGAAAGUUUUCUAAUCUACUACUAAUUGUAGUAAUGGUUAAUAUUGUAAUUUGGUUAACUGUGUUUCUUGUCAAUUUGUUAACCUCUCUUGUACCUCUUUGUAUGGACAUGUUUGUAAAAUACUUGGAAGUAGUUGGAACUGUAUAUUUC